AUGCUGGAGGAACGCGAUGACGAUCAAGAGGAGGAGUUUUACACUGAGGACGUCAACUACAUUCAUAGCCAGGGUUACUACAAGAACAACCCCAAUAUGUCCUAUCGAAGCACGAAUGUAGAGAACCCCCAGGACCAAGUCUAUCCUCCUCAAGCCAACACGUCUGGUCAAGGAAAGAUGUACCCAACUAAACCACGUGAUGGGUCCGCAAGAACCUGGAGUCAAGCAGAUGCUUCAGCAACUACUUCAGGACAGUCUACCGGAAACGUGGAUCUCAACAAGCGACUAUCUGAGAUCAAUGGGAGAAUCGACUUCUCGCACCACGACCUUCAGACUAAGAUUGAAGCUCUCACAAGUAGAAUCCAUCAGCUUGAACACAAAGGCGGAACAGCUUCCUCAUCCAGAACGCAAGGUCAACUUCCGGGUAAAGCAGAGCAGAAUCCCAAGGAAUACGUACAAGCAAUUACAUUGAGAAGUGGACGCGCUUUACCUCCAAGAACAGGACCCGCACCAGUCAAUGAGGACAUUGAGGAACAAGAGGAGGAGAUUUCAGUUGAAACUGAAGCCACGGCACCUGUGACUGAAGAGGAACCACCAGUUCAAGAGAAAGAGAAAGCACCAGAGGAAGUGCAAAAGAAGAAGAAAGCCCCAGCUUUCGUUCCUCCUCCUUACAAACCGCAACUUCCCUUUCCUUCGAUUCAAGAAACAACAGCUUGA